AUGAAACUUGAUGUUCCACGUUUUGAUGGUUCAGACCCAUCUGGAUGGAUUUUUAAAAUCCAACAAUUUUUUGCUUACCAUUCUACCCCGGACUCGGAGCGCCUCACUAUUGCCUCCUUCUACAUGGAGGGGUCGGCGCUGGCAUGGUUCCAGUGGCUCAUGCGCAACCAUCAGCUCACGACGUGGCAGAGUUUUCUCGAGGCCCUUGACGCUCGCUUCUCCCACUCGCCAUAUGAGGACCCUACUGGGCUCCUCUUCAAGCUCACUCAAAUAGGAACGGUGACAGAAUACCUUACCCAAUUCGAGGCCAUUGCCAAUCGCAUCAUUGGGCUCUCCCUUUCUCUCCUUCUGAGCUGCUUCAUUUCAGGAUUGGAUCCUGACAUUCGUCGCGAAGUUAAAAUGCUUCAGCCUCUCACCAUGGUCCACGCCGCGGGACUCGCCCGACUCCAGGAAGAAAAGCUGGCAGACACCCGCCGUCCAUCACGACACCGAGCCACCCCAAGCCCUCAACCUUACUUUCCCCCUAACCCUCCGACCAUCCCUCUGUCUUCGCCCCCUCCGCCAACCCUACCCCUGUUACCCCCUCCACCCAAACCACCACCUAUACCCCUGAAGCACCUUACCCCGAUCGAGAUGGCUAGCCACCGCGAGCGGGGCCUCUGUUUUAACUGUGUCAAGAAAUUUAUGUGGGGCCACCGUUGUGCCUCACGCUUCUUCGUUCUCAUCGCGGACUCAGAGCCCCCAGACAACACCCCUCAACCCAAUUUAUCUCCCACACACCCGGACCCUAAUCUAAACCCGCAACCUGACGACCUAACCCAGCCCAAACCAACCCAAGCCCAAAUUAGUUUUUAUGCCCUCUCGGGUCAUUCCGCCCCGGAGACCCUACGGUUAUUGGGCCACAUCGGCUGUCAGCCCGUCGUGAUCCUUGUGGAUGGCGGCACCACGCACAACUUUGUGCAGGCUCGCCUCGUCCGCCACCUGGGCCUUACCGCCACCCCCACACCACCCCUGCGAGUCCUAGUUGGCAACAAGAACGAACUGGAAUGCCAUCUACUCUCCUCUGCUACCUCCAUUCGCAUACAAGGCCAUACCUUCAAAACAGACCUCCAUGUCUUGCCAAUUAGCGGUGCUAACGUCGUUCUCGGCGUCCAUUGGUUAAAAUCCUUGGGCCCUAUCCUGACUGAUUACAACACCUUAACCAUGAAGUUUGUUCAUAAUGGGACAAUCAUCGAGCUCAGUGGUGACUCCUCUAGUGAACUUCAAGCUAUCUCCCCACCUCAGCUCCGUUGUAUGCUCCACACGGACGGUGUCAGCGAAUUCUUCCAUAUUCGCGUUGAUACCUCCAUCCCUGACACUCCACACACACCACCUGAAAUUCAAUCCCUCAUCAACCAAUUCAACCCUCUUUUUCAAACUCCACAAACACUACCACCAUCCCGGCCCACCAAUCACUGCAUUCACCUCCACCCCUCCGCCACUCCUGUAAAUGUUAAACCUUAUCGAUACCCUUUUUCCCAGAAACAGGAAAUUGAGGCUCAAGUUACCACAAUGCUUCAGUCCGGCAUCAUUCGACCAAGCACGAGCCCCUUCUCGUCGCCGGUGCUCUUCGUCAAAAAGAGAGAUGGCUCUUGGCGUUUUUGCGUAGACUACAAAGCCUUAAACGCCUUGACAAUCAAGGACCGCUUUCCCAUUUCCACAAUCGACGAGCUUUUGGAAGAAUUGGGAGGCGCAAAAUGGUUCUCAAAGCUCGACUUAAUGCAAGGUUACCACCAAAUUCUCAUGGCGGAAUCCGACAUCGGGAAAACUGCUUUCAGAACGCACCAAGGUCAUUACGAAUUCCUCGUCAUGCCCUUUGGAUUGUGUAACGCACCUUCGACCUUCCAAGCAACCAUGAAUUCCACCUUUGGUCCUUACUUACGCAAAUUCGUCAUCAUCUUCUUCGAUGACAACCUUAUCUACAGCCAGUCAUUCCCGGAACACCUCGAACAUCUGUGA